GGUAUAAAGAAAAAAUAGAUUCAGAUGUUGUUUUUGUAUUUAUGGUUUUGUUUAUUCCGGGUGUCAACUCCAUCUCCAUUUCGGAUCAUAUUUAGCCCGCUUCAUUUCACAACCCGGAUCCUUCACCACCACCACCACCACCACCACAAUUCACCCAUAUCUCCGUCACCGGAAACACUCCCUCCUAACUGAAUUGUAUGUUGCCGAUAAACCCUACUUCUAUCUUCACCAAACCCCCAAGUACCCCCUACCUAACCCCUCCUCCACGCAUCCGUGCUGCUUCAGAUAACCUCACCUGGUCCUUCAAUUAUGCCGCCUUAGCUGACUCCGGCAGUCUCAAUAGCAACGACUUCGUUGGUGCACCGACGGCUGUUGAGAAGAAACGUAGUCGUAUUGAUAAUGCCAAGGAGAGGUGGUCGCGUGACCGUGAGAGUUACUUGACCGAUGAUGACGAUCCCCUGCCGCUCCCCAUGACGUAUCCAGAUACGUCACCGGUGUCGCCUGAUGUUAUUGACCGACGCUUACGCUGUGAUCCUGAGAUUGAGGACUGUAAGGCAGUAGUUUAUGAAUGGACGGGGAAAUGUCGAAGUUGUCAAGGAUCGGGUUAUGUUAGUUAUUACAAUAAAAGGGGAAAGGAAGUUGCCUGCAAAUGUAUACCAUGCCAAGGAAUAGGUUACGUCCAGAAGAUCACAGCACGUAAGGAUAUCGAUGUAAUGGAGGAUGUUGAUAAUGGGAAACCACCUUGACUCACUCACACAUAAGUAUUAUUAUUAUUAUUAUUGUUGUAUUCAGGUUCUAUGACCUUAUUUCUUCUACUACGGCUGGCUUAAUCUUGUAAUUCUUGUGCAACCAAGUGUUUUGUAAGGCUUGAACUAGAAAAGAUGGAAGAUGUUGGGCAUGAAAAGGAUUUUUAUAUUCUUGUUAUCCGUUAUUUGUUUUUGAUCUCGUCUCUGACAGCUGCCAGCGAAUAAUAAAGUUUUAACU